AUGGGGGCAGCAGGAAACACAGAAGCAAGCAUGAAGAUAUGGAGGUCUCCAAUACCAUAUCUGUUUGGUGGGAUAGGUCUGGUGUUAUUUCUAAUAGCCAUGGCAUUGAUCCUCUUGGUUUGCUCCCACAGGAAGCCCUCUUCUAGGUCACUUAGUCAGGGUGACGAAGAAAAACCAGAAAGCCCCAUCACCAUUAUGGUGGAAUCAGCAGAGCCCAAGAUUCUGGUUGUCAUGGCCGGAGACGACCACCCAACUUAUUUAGCUAUGCCUGCCGUCACUUGUGCAAAAAUUUGCCGCUGCGAUCAACUCUAA